AUUUGGCGGCUCAAUAUACUUACAAAAAAUGAGCAUGAAAUCCAUAGCUUUAAUGAUCCGUUUCCUACUUAAAUUAAGUCACGCUUAGAGAGUAAGAAACAGAGCCAUAAGGUGACACUGAUUGUUUAACGACAGUUAUAGGCUAUCUGCAAGUUGUUGUUGUUUAUUAAGUGGCAAGUCUUUGCUGCAAAACAGUUCCCACUCCCACGGCUACCUGUAUUGUUGGUUGAUGUCAGUGUCCUAAUAUACAGCCUCCUGAGGAUGCAUGUAAACAUAAGGCGUAGGCAGCUCGGGACGUGACUCCCCUCCAGUAAGCACCGAUGUCGCGCGGCGGUGCCCUAGCAGCAACGUAUGCUGAGGAGGCAGGCCCCGAUGAAGAUCAGCUUCCGGCCCUGCACCACGAAUUGCAGUGGCAGCGAAAUGAUGUCCGAAUCUUUGCGCAUGCUGCUGCUGAAACGCAAGUGGCCAUAAAGGAUGCACUUGCGAACAAGUUCCCAAACCCCAGGACAGGGCUCGAUGCAAUUGCUCAGAGCGCCAAUGAUCCUGGUUUCCUGGAGGUGUUCCCGCGUGUUGCCAGCCGGCCGCCCAAGCUGCUGCAGGAGCUGGAGGCCAUCCUGGUUGACCGCCUGCGCGCUAACGACAAGGCAGCCAGCGUGAUGCCGCUGGGCAGCGCUCGCGACCGUGACCCUAAGCUGUCAGCCAACCUGUCGCUGGAUGGGCACCGGCAGGUCCUUGCCGCCUUCGUGUCGGGCUUCUCCACCUACGCACCGCUGCUCAGUCGCAUACAGGCGGAGUUUGACCGGGCGCUCAAUGAGGGCGUACGUAGCGCACAGGAGAACGUGGAAAUGCGGUACGACAUGGCGCGGAAUGAGAUGGCGCGGGAGAGGGCGACGGCGGAGGUCCGGGGGCAGGUGCUGGCAGAGGACCUGGCGUUCCGCACCAGCGCCCUCUCACGGCUACAGGAACUCAAGGAGCGGGCGGCGCGGGCGGAGAAGAAGAAGGCGCUCGCGGAAAAGGACCUACGAGAGGCGCUUGCGGAGGAGAGCCGCAUGCGCACGCUGGUGGAGCAGCUGCGCGCCACCCACUCCAAGCUCACGGAGCUGCUGAGCGGCGAGGAGCGCUGGGCGGCACGGCCGCUCAGCGAGCAGGUCACCCAGCUGACCAUUGGACCGCUCACGAAAGAGGACGAGGUCUUCCUGGAGCAGGAGCUGGGUGGCGUGGAGAACCUGGGGGGUGCAGGGGGCGGCACCACUGGCGGCGGUGCUGUGCCGCCCGGGACAGCCGCUGCCGUGGUGGCCGCCGUCAGCGCCUUCCAGUCCGCGAGCAUGGGCCGGCACUCGUCGUCCGGCAUGGCAGCGAGGCAGGCGGCGGCGGCAGCGGCGUCCGCGAGCGGCGGGGCAGCGGCAGCAGGAGGGACGGGAGUGGCGGCGACUUCCGAGGCAGGGGAGGGGUCUGGGUCGGGUGGGGGGUCAUGGGCGCCUGGAGCUGGGCCGGGGGCCGGGAUUGCGCGGCCGGGGUCGGGAACUCGGGCAGAUGCGAGCGGGGUGUCGUCACCGGUAGCUGAGCUGUCUGAGGCUAGGAGCGGUGGUGGUUGAAGGGUGAAUGGGGACUGUGAAGGGGGGUGAAGGAUAAUGUAGGGAUGUAAGAGGAAUGUAGAGGGGAUAGGAAGGGGCGGUGGAGUACACGGUGGGUUAAUAGCAGAGGGCUUGGUGCCUGACAACCAUGUGACGGAGUUUGACGGGCCAAGAACAAUGGGAGCGCCUUGUUAAAUGUGUGUAGGCGCUUUGGGCGUGUUUGGUUGACGGCUAAUAGCAUUCACAUAUGACCAUGGGCAAGUAUUUUGACCACGACGUGACGUGGGUCUUGAUGGUGACUGUGGCGUCAACGAGAUGGGAUGCCGUCACCUAGCGCUGCUGCAAGGCAAGCUAGCAGGUGUCGUUGCCAUUUUCAGAACGCACGUUCCGAGUUUUAGCGGUGGUUUGAGUUGCGCGUCAGUCAGGUCCACUGCUGACAUGGGAACCACUUUAGGGUUCGAGAGCUGCCGAGCCGGUCUGGAAUGGAGAGGGGGGAAGAGGGUCCGCGGCGCCAUUGUUUUGUCACGGAAUGGAGAGGAUGGUUGUACGGCCCUGUGCCUUCGUGCAUGCUCGCUGAUGUGGUGCGCCCGUGCUGGAGUGUGGGGAUUCCAUUAGACUCUGCUUUCGAACUAUGCCGUCUAUGCGGCAGGAGGUUGUUGGUCACUCAAGCCUCCAUCCUUCGUUUCGUUGCGAGGAGGGCUUUGGUUGCGCGUCCGGGCUACGACAACCCGUGGGCCUUUGUGCCAGCACUUUUCCGGCUUUAGCGCUUACUCUGGCUGACAUACCGCAUAGCAUGGUGCGGGCUUCUUAGGCUAAGGUGUUGAGCCCAU